UCGGCCAGCCACCGCGGCGGUUUUGAUUUCUCCCCGUUUCGACGUAGCUUAACCAAGCCCACUACGCGUCUCAGCAUGUUGAAACAUUUUUUUCUAGAGCCAGCUGAAAACUUGGAAUCUGGCUUGGUUGUCGACGACUACUAGAAGCCUACGGGGAGGAAGAAAGCGGUAGGCUAUUCCCUUUCCAGACGGCAGCAGUUACUGGAUUAGAAACAUUUUAUUGUUGCUGUUAGAAUGUUUGCUGCCGUUCAUCUCAGGCAAUCCCCGUCAUGACCUCACUCAUCCGCCCUGCCAAUCCACUGAAUGGGAUUUCUCAUCGCGCAGUUGUUUGCUCUCUGUGAUCAUUGUGAACACUGAUAUCGGUUAUUACUUUCGUCGAUGACAGAGUGAACGAGCUACGUCUCUGUUUACAUUUGCAAGCCUAGGCUACACAUCUGUUUCACAAAGAAGCCGCUGACGUUUAACUGGGGCCACCAGCAUGGGCGGCACGAAGAGUAAGCCCAAAGACCACGGGCAGCGGCAGGACGAGGCGGGUGGCUCCGGCGGGGGCAGCGGGGGCGCUGCCCACCUCAGCCCCUCCCAGCAGCCCCUCACACCGCACCGCAGCCCCGCGGUGGACGGCCAGCGCCACGCGUCCCAGCAGAUGACCAGCCACCCCGAGCUGGCGCUCUUUGGCGGGGUGGACUCCACCACCAACAGCAUCGUGUCCCCUCAUCGUAGCACCCUGCUAGGUGGGGUGACCACGUUUGUGGCGCUGUACGACUAUGAGUCCCGCACGGCCUCCGAUCUGUCCUUCAGGAAGGGAGAGAGGCUCCAGAUAGUCAACAACACGAGAAAGAUGAACUACAGGGAAGGUGAUUGGUGGCUGGCGCGCUCGCUGGCAACAGGAGAAAGCGGCUACAUCCCCAGCAACUACGUGGCUCCAUCAGACUCCAUCCAGGCAGAAGAUCUUCUCAGAAUGUCACUGGACAAAAGGUGGUACUUUGGGAAGAUCACUCGCAGAGAUUCUGAGAGGCUGCUGCUCAACCUGGAGAACCGCAGAGGAACCUUUCUUGUGCGCGAGAGUGAGACCACCAAGGGUGCCUACUGUCUGUCCGUUCUAGAUUACGAUAACACCAAAGGGCUGAAUGUGAAGCACUACAAGAUCCGGAAGCUGGACAGCGGGGGCUUCUACAUCACGUCCCGUACCCAGUUUAGUACACUACAGCAGCUGGUCAACCACUACCGCAAGCAUGCAGAUGGCCUGUGCCACUGCCUGACCGAAGUGUGUCCUGUGCUGAAGCCCCAGACUCAGGGUCUGGCUCGUGACGCUUGGGAGAUCCCACGCGAGUCCCUGCGCCUGGACCUCAAGCUGGGCCAGGGCUGCUUCGGGGAGGUGUGGAUGGGCACGUGGAAUGGCACAACACGAGUGGCCAUUAAGACGCUGAAGACGGGCACCAUGUCCCCUGAGGCCUUCCUGCAGGAGGCCCAGGUCAUGAAGAAGCUGCGGCACGAGAAGCUGGUCCAGCUCUACGCCGUGGUGUCCGAGGAGCCCAUCUAUAUAGUCACCGAGUACAUGGGCCAAGGGAGUCUGCUGGACUUCCUCAAGGGAGACAUGGGCAAGAUGCUGCGCCUCCCUCAGUUAGUGGACAUGGCCUCUCAGAUUGCAUCUGGCAUGGCGUAUGUGGAGAGGAUGAACUACGUGCACAGAGACCUGCGCGCAGCUAACAUCUUGGUGGGGGAUAACCUCGUUUGCAAGGUGGCUGACUUCGGUCUGGCUCGCCUCAUCGAGGACAAUGAGUACACCGCCAGACAGGGGGCCAAGUUCCCCAUCAAGUGGACAGCUCCCGAGGCUGCUUUAUAUGGACGCUUCACCAUAAAGUCAGACGUCUGGUCCUUCGGUGUGCUGUUGACCGAGCUGGCCACCAAGGGCCGGGUGCCAUACCCAGGCAUGGUGAACCGUGAGGUGCUGGACCAGGUGGAGCGAGGCUACCGCAUGCCGUGUCCGGCCGAGUGCCCCGAGUCUCUGCACGACCUCAUGCUGCAGUGCUGGCGCAAGGAGCCCGAGGAGCGGCCCACCUUCGAGUACCUGCAGGGCUUCCUGGAGGACUACUUCACCUCCACAGAGUCGCAGUACCAGCCAGGAGAGAACCUCUAGAGCACCCGGGUCUCCGUGUCCACGCGUGGCUGUGUGGGUGGCGUUCCGUGGUUCUCCAACCUCAACACCUGGAGAGCAUGGAGCUGAUCUGAUAGUUAUGGUCUUUCAGUUAGUCAUCCCUACUGUAUGGGAGCUGUUGUAUUCUUCACAGGAGCGGUGGU